CCUGUUGAAAAUUUUUGAUGCAUCUUUUCUUAUUACGAAUUUGUCAGUGCAGAAAAGUGAAAUAUAUUUUGUUGUGUUUAUGAUUUUUAAUUAAAUUUUUUAAAUAUAUAUUAUGAAAAAAUGGGACACCAAUUUGAAUUAAAACGUGAAUUUGUUACUCAUAUAGAUGUGAACGGGAAAAUAAUCCCUUUACAAUCGCUACAAUUUCAAAGUUUUCAGGCUGUAUGCGCCCAGAUAAAGAGAAGGCAGACACAAUUUUUUUUCGAUUGUUCUUUUUGCAAUGGAAAUAUUUUUGAAAAAUUCGAAAUUUUUCAUCAUCAUUUCAAUAUAAUACAUAUUGCAACAAAUAAUUUUAAAGUUCCAGAUGGUAAGGCUGAGCAGACAAAGCAUGCAAAAAGGGAACCACAUACAGGAGAUGUGGUCUUACGUCCUGGAAAUGUAUAUUUUUUCAAUUGCAUUGAAUGCGGUGGUUGCUUCGAAACUGUAGAAAUAUAUACAAAACAUUAUUUAUCUAACCAUUAUGGUAGAAGAAAAUCUGCGGAUAUUAAACCAACUCAACAGCAACUUACACAACAUCUAUUAACACAUCCUCAACAACAGCAUCCUCAGCAGCAACAGCAGAUUCCUCAACAAAUCCCACAGCAAAUUCCUCAGCAACUUCAGCCACAGCCACAAUUGCAACCGCCACAACAGCCUCAACAGCAACAACAAGUAAAACCAUAUCAAUGCAUGACUUGUUACAAACUAUUUUCUUCCAAGGGUAAUUUACAAACCCACCAACGUCGCCAUACUGAAGAAAUGAAAUAUUAUCCUUGUCCUUUGUGCAACAAACAAUUGAGCUCAAAAGGAAAUUUAGAAUCCCAUAAAAGAAUUCACACUGGUGAUAAACCAUUUGAAUGCAAUGUAUGCAAAAAAUGUUUUAUAUCUAAGGGAAAUUUGGUUGCCCAUCGACGUCGCCAUUCUGAAACAUUAUAUUUCCCAUGUUUCAUAUGCAACAAAAACUUCGCCUCAAAGGGUAAUUUAGAAUCACAUAAAAGAAUACAUACUGGUGAUAAGCCAUUUGAAUGUUCAGUUUGCCAGAAAAGGUUUAUUUCCAAGGGAAACUUGGUAACCCAUCAGCGUCGUCAUUCUGAAAAUUUUCAAUAUUUUACUUGUUAUAUAUGCAACAAAAAUUUCAGCUCAAAAGGAAAUUUAGAACUUCACAAAAGAAUUCACACUGGCAAUAAACCAUUUGAAUGUUCAGUGUGUAAAAAGCGAUUUAUUUCUAAGGGUAAUUUGGUGGCGCAUCAGCGUAAACAUUCUGACAAUUUUCAAUAUUUUACUUGUUACGUAUGCAACAAAAAUUUCAGCUCAAAAGGAAAUUUAGAACUACAUAAAAGAAUUCACACUGGGGACAGAAGAUAUGAAUGUCCAGUGUGUAAGAAACGAUUCUUUUCAAAGGGGAACUUGAUGACCCAUCAGCGUCAGCAUUCUGAAAAUUAUACUUGUUAUCUAUGCAACAAAAAUUUGAGCUCAAAAGGCAAUUUAGAACUACAUAAAAGAAUUCACACUGGUGAUAGGCGAUAUGAAUGCCCAGUGUGUAAGAAGCGAUUUGUUUCCAAGGGCAACUUGAUGACCCAUCAACGUCGACAUACUGAAACUUUUGCGUUUACUUGUUAUGUAUGCAACAAAAAUUUCAGCUCAAAAGGCAAUUUAGAACUUCAUAAAAGAAUACACACUGGUGAUAAACCAUUCGAAUGUCCAGUGUGUAAGAAGCGAUUUAUUUCCAAGGGUAACCUGAUGGCCCAUCAACGUAAACAUUCUGAUAAUUUCACGUAUUUCUCUUGUUACAUAUGCAACAAAAAUUUCAGCUCAAAAGGCAAUUUAGAACUUCACAAAAGAAUUCACACUGGUGACAAACGUUAUGAAUGUCCAGUGUGUAAGAAGCGAUUUGUUUCCAAGGGUAACCUGACGACCCAUCAGCGUAAACAUUCUGCUAAUUAUACAUAUUUCUCUUGUUAUGUAUGCAACAAAAAUUUCAUCUCAAAAGGCAAUUUAGAACUACAUAAAAGAAUUCACACUGGUGUUAGACCAUUUGAGUGUCCAGUGUGUAAAAAGCGCUUUAUCGCAAAGGGAAAUUUACGUGUCCAUCAGCGUCGUCAUGACGCUAAUUUUGUGUAUUUUCCGUGUCCAAUGUGCAACAAAAGUUUCAGCUCUAAGGGCAAUUUAGAAUCUCAUAAGAGACUUCAUACUGGUGAUAAAUCGUUUGAAUGCUCUGUUUGCAAGAAAUGCUUUGUAUCGAAGGGGAAUUUGGAUGCGCAUCUUCGUAUUCAUACUGGAGAGAAACCGUUUAAAUGCGACAUUUGUGGAAAACCAUUUGCAGCAAAAGGUAAUUUAGAAACCCAUGUACGCACUCAUUUGGGUGAAAAACCAUUUAAUUGUAUGAUUUGUUCAAAAUCGUUUACAUCAAAAGGUAACCUUGAAAGUCAUCAGCAACGCCAUACUGGAGGUCAAUAUCAAUGCGAUUUGUGCGAAAAAUCAUUCAUUACUGAAAAACUAUUGGAAAAGCAUAAGAACAAGCAUAACGCUCAGAAAGUUUACAAAGUUUUAUAAAUUUUGCAAACUGAAAGUAAAUAACAGAAAAGAAAAAGAAAACAUUAAAAGAAAAUACAUAACAAUUUCUAAAAAAAAAAAAAAAACAAAAAAAGCAAACUACUUUUGAUGAAGGUGGAAGCAGAGAAGAUGGAAGAGAUUGGAGGAUGUAUUGAAGAAAAUGGAAAACGUGUUGAACUAAUAGAAGAAGGCAAUGUAAUAAUUAUAGAAGCAUGAUAAGUAAAAGAUAAUGGCAAAAAAUAAAUUAAAAAAAGUAAACUUAUUCAAUAAAACUAAAUAAUAAAAAAAAAAAGAAAAACUAAAAAAGCAAACAAACCACAUUAUUAAGGAAAUAAUGAUAUAAAAAAAACUAAUAAUAAUAAAAAUUAUAUAAAAAAAUAAAUAUUUUAAAUAAGAAUAGUAAAGAUACAAAUGAAAUCACAACUCGUCAAAACAAAACAAACAUACAAGCAAACUGAAAACAAAAAAAAAAAACAAAUAUAAAAAUGAUAACAUAUUGCAAUUAUUGGUGUUUUAGAAGUAUACAUUCAUAAAAAAAAAAAAAAAAAAAAAAAAAACAUUAAAAAAAAUAAAACUUAU